CCACAAGAAUAACCCUCACUUUUCCCAAUGAACAUCUCUUUUUCAAAUAGCACGAGUGAUUUUUGUAUUCAAGGAGCUCCCGACUCGCUUACCGUACGAAAUGCUAAAUCAAUCUUCUUGUACAUUGUGGGUGGGUUUGCUGUCUUUGGAAACAUCUUUGUGAUCAAAGCAGCCCUGAAAUGCAGUAUACGACGAAGACUACAUUACCUAAUUAUCAACAUGGCCGUGGCUGACACACUUUUCGUCCUGACAACCUUAUUCUACGUUCUUCGAAAAGACUUUAACAUAUUUAUGAACAUCCCAGAGUCCUUCGCUGAAGCACUCUGCAAGACAAUGCCAUUUCUAAAUGAUGUUUCGUUCUCAGCUUCUGCCUCAGCACUUUUUAUAAUCAGUAUUGACCGAUUCAGAGCAACAAUAGUGCGCAAAAUACGGGCGCAAAAGCGCGGGACGAUAACUGUUCUUGUGUUGUCGUGGCUGAUUCCGUCCAUUUGCGUUGCAUAUGGACCUCGCUCGAAAGUGCUAAAUGGCGAAUGUCUUUUUUUAAGUGAUUUUCAUCAUUACAUUAUCUCUGUUGUAUUAAUCUUAAUACUUGUUAUACAAAGCUUUGUUAUUCUUUUCCUAAGCAUAGUAACCCUAAAGAGACUCUCUAAGUCCAGUGGAAUUGAAGGGAGUCUUUCWGAGCCACAGAGAACAACGAGAGCGCGUCGGAUGAAGAAGAUAGUGCAUAUGGUUAUAUGUUCGCUUGUUCUUUUUAGUUGUAACUAUUUCCCUGUGUUUAUAAUGGCUCUUUUAAUUCUUUUAAGUAAAUUAGGAUAUAGUAUUUGUGUGGACACAUCUACUAUGAUUUUUCUUUUCGCUUUGUUCCCUGUUUUAAACUCUUCUUUGAGUCCGUACAUCUAUUGUGUAUUCUUGACCGACAUUAGAGACUCGGCUAAAAACUUAAUCGUGCUUCGACGUUUAAAUAUUUGUCGCAUUUUUAAAAGAAAGUCUGUGGAACUUAAAGUAGUUGAGAGGCAGAAUAAAGUUCAAGUAACCGAGAACAAUUAAAUACUAAACGAUGAAAAUAAAUAUUAAUGUAAAAUGAAAGCCUAUUGUCAAUAUGAUG